CGUCAUCAGAUCUAUCGAGGCAAAGAAUCGAACACUGGAGGGAAAGAAUCUAACACCGGAAGCGAAAAAUCUAACACCGGAGGCAGAGAAACAAGCACCGGAAGCGAAGAAUCUAACACUGGAGGCAAAGAAACAAACACCGGGGGCAAAGAAACAAACACCGGAAGCGAAUCCAACACCAGUUCUAGUGCUCAGAAGUUGGAAGCACAAGGAGGCAAAGAAGGAAAUCAAUCGGACGACGGAGCCGAUCAUGAUGGUGUUAUGAAGAUACAUGUUGCAGCUGGUGGUCUAGGAAUUGAGCAAUGUAGAUUCGAUUAUGUCAAGAACGGACAGUCAAAGGAAGGACCCUUCCACGGUGUCAAAGGAAGAGGUGGCAGUUCAACGUUUGUGAUCAAUCAUCCCGAAGAGUAUCUUGUUUCCGUCGAGGGUUGGUACGACUCUUCCAAUAUAAUUCAAGGAAUUCAGUUUAAAUCCAACAAACACACUUCUCAGUACUUUGGAUAUGUAUAUUCUGGAGAUGGUAAACAAUUUUCACUUCAAGUUAAUGACAAGAAGAUCAUUGGUUUCCAUGGUUUUGCCGAAUCGCACCUUAAUUCUCUUGGAGCUUAUUUCGUUCCAAUCUCAUCCUCUUCUUCCUCCUUGACUCCUCCUCCCAACAAAGUUAAAGCUCAAGGAGGAAAUUAUGGAGAAACCUUUGAUGAUGGUGCUUUCGAUCAUGUAAGAAAGGUUUAUGUUGGUCAAGGUGAUUCUGGUGUAGCUUAUGUCAAGUUCGAUUAUGAGAAAGACGGGAAAAUAGAGACACGUGAGCAUGGACAAAUGACAUUGUUAGCUACAGAGGAGUUUGAGGUUGAUUUAGAUGAUUUCAUAACAUCAAUGGAAGUCUAUGUCGACAAAGUCUACGGCUAUAAAAGCGAAAUCGUCGUUGCUCUUACCUUCAAAACCUUUAAAGGCAAAACCUCACCGCGUUUUGGAGUAGAGACUGAGAAUAAAUAUGAAGUCAAAGAUGGUAAAGGAGGAAAACUUUCUGGUUUCCAUGGAAAAGCUAGUGAUAUUCUUUAUGCUCUUGGUGCUUAUUUCACUCCAACAGCAAAUUAGAGAGUUUUUGAGUUUCCUUCUCUCUUUAUUACGUAAAAUAAGUUUCAUGCUUACGAAUUUGUCACUCGAAGUUUGAAUAAUUAAGGUUUUCAGCUUUUACUAUGUUUGGAUGUAAUUUAUGCGAUCACGUGAUGUUUCUACUUCGAUGGUGUGUUGUACUUACCGAUAUUAAUAAAGGAUGUUUGUUUUCAA